AUGUCCAAUAAAAAAGAACGACCGGAAGAGGACAUUGGCGUUGAUGAUGACGCUGAGGCCACUGGCGGUGCGCGGUUAGCGCCUCCCUCGGGGCCACCCUGGGGUCUGGAAACCCAGCAUCGCUGCGUGUGGUCAAGUGCCAGUGUUUGCUGGCUUAAUAGGCGCAGAAUCAGGAGGUUCGCGUCUGUGCUUACACCCCGCGGUGUCUGGCGGUCCGACCCAGACAAAGUUAUCUCAUUCGAGCAGUUAAAUUAUAUAACUUGCUGGUGUCUGUGGUGCUUGGAGCGGCGCGACGGUGUCCGUGGUCCCUCUGUGAAUGUCUCAUUGGGUGCAGUGACUCCGCUAGCUUGA